CUGGCAUGACGCACGAGUGGUGACUACGUGUCGGUUCAUCGAGCUCUCAGCACCGAAUUCGGGUUUAACGUGUGGCACGGUUUAGAUGCUGCCUGUCAUUUGACGCGCUCUUUACGUGGAUUAUAUUUGCAUGCUAAGUUUUCUGUUUGUUCAGGUUUCUAUACCUAGGAUGGAGUGAAACAGGGCAGCGCGCGAGGUAAGGAGAGCAAAUCAGAUCCGCUGCGAUCAAGCGCGCGAGGCUUUUUUUUUGGUAUUCAUUGUGAAAGAAAAAAAAAAAAACAGUGAUGGAAACUGUGAAUCACAGCAAGCGGGAUCGUUGUAAUUUUUCUGAUGCUUGUUGACUCCGAUGCCAGUAACCUGUUGGAUAUACCCGCAUGUCUAGGAUGGCUCGUUUCGGCGACGACGCGUCUGGGCGCUAUGGAGCUGCGCCGGGCGCGGGGAGAGGAGGUGCGCGGCCGGGAGGCGCACCGGGCACUCAGAGGCUCUACAAGCAGUCGAUGGCUCAGAGAGCCCGGACAAUGGCUUUGUAUAACCCUAAGCAGACUAAGCAGAAUUGCUUCACUGUCAACCGCUCGCUGUUCAUCUUCAGCGAGGACAACGUGAUCCGGAAAUACGCCAAGAGGAUCACCGAGUGGCCAUAUCCUCUCCGACCAAACCUGGCUCUGGAAAGUUUAUUAAAUAACCAUCGAAUACACACUCAGAAAUAA